AUAACUGGAAAUGGUUUCACCGUGCUUCUUGUGGGCAGUCGGCGUCGGCUUCGCACCAAAACCAACGCGCUGAUCGUUUCGCUUGCGGUGGCAGAUUUCUGUGUUGGGGCGUUCGUUGUUCCUUCACUGUUCUUCUGUCACAACAGAGGUGGCUGCAUUUGGCCUGGACCCUAUUCUUCCUGGGUGGAUUUUACAAGGUGGCUCUUUGCGUACGCCUCUACAAUGAACCUGUGCAGCUUGACACUUGAUCGGUAUAUGGCUGUUGCAAAGCCACUGAAAUACGUCACCUUCAUGACUGCGCGACGUGUUAUUCAAUUAACAUUUUUUUUC